AAGGGGAAACAAAGCAAGGCCUUCUUUCCUUCCCUUUCGUGGACCCGGAAAGGAAGCAAGCAAGCCAGCCCCAUUCCUUGCCGCACCCCUCUGUCCGCACUGCCAGCCCUAGCUCUCUCUCUCUCUUCUUCCCCGUCCACCUCAGUUACUCGUCGCAGGAGGCUUCAAUAACCAGUUACCAGAAUACACUUACCAGUUACCAGAAUAUCUGAAAGCUAUUUGAUCCUCUUACCAGUUACCAGAAUACACUUGUAUUUUGCAAAAAAAAGGAAAAACAAUACGAAAGGAUCUAGAUCACCCUAAACUGUUGGUUGAGGACUACAAUUUAGAAUGAGUCAUCAACAAUUAGUAACACCAAGGCCAUCCCCUGCUAAUGGAUUUGGACGUCGAAGAACUGAUAGAGAGAUGGGAAAUCGAUCGGAUAAUAGGUUCCAUUCUGGAAGGUCACGCUCCAGUAGCUUUGGCAAUGCAGGUUUUGCAAAUGGGAACAAAUUGGAAGGGUAUGACAGUACUUCUCGCAACCGGCUAAUUUUUUUGACAACAUGCCUCGUUGGACAUCAUGUUGAUGUACAAGUGAAAAAUGGGUCUGUUUUCACUGGGAUAUUUCAUGCAACAAACAGUGACAAAGAUUUUGGACUAAUUCUUAAAAUGGCUAGACUUACUAAAGAUGGAUCUGUUAAAGGGCAGAAGAUGGUUUUUGAUUCUGCAGGGAAAGUCCCCUCACGGACUUUGAUCAUCCCUGCAAAAGAACUUGUGCAAGUCAUAGCAAAGGAUGUGCUAGUUACGAGUAAUUACUUGUCAAACUUCAGUACACAUGAGAAGAGGCAUGACUUCAUGAUAGAUACUUCGAUAUCUCAAUCACAUCUUAUUGAUGUGGAAAGAGAGCUGGAACCUUGGACCCCUGAUAAUGAUGAUCCUCUGUGUCCUGAUUUAGAGAAUACAUUUGAUAACACAUGGAACAGAAACUGGGAUCAAUUUCAAACAAAUGAAGAAUUAUUUGGUGUAAAGAGCACAUUUGAUGAGGAACUCUAUACCACGAAACUUGAGAAGGGUCCUCAAAUGAGAGAGUUGGAACGAGAAGCUACAAGAAUAGCGAGAGAAAUUCAGGGAGAGGACACUCAAGAUCCUCAUUUAGCUGAGGAAAGGGGAAUUCAUCAUCUCUUGGGAGAUUUAGAGCUGGAUGAGGAAAGCCGAUUUUCCUCUGUGUUUAGGGGAAUGGCAGAUGGUGCCUAUGAACAGGAUGAAGACCUAAUAACAGAUGCCCACAUUACCAAAAUGUUUGGAGGUUCUUUUGAUUCUGCUACAAAUUCUCCUGGUUGCGUGGAAAACAGCUCUUACUUGACUGUAACUAAAAGGGUAUCAACUGAUGUAACCCAACUGUCAUCAAGCUUUUCCCUUGGGGUACCGGGUAGUGGUUUCCCAUCUCGAAUUUCUGCUAGCAGGAGGGUUAGUUCUUCUGGCGUAAAUGAGAAAGAUAGAAUGCAAGCAUCCUGUAGUGCUGCAGAGGGUGCCACAGGUUUUGAAGAUGUCAGAAGUACAAAUCAAGAGAUUGACAUCCGCAAUAAUUUAAAUGACGGCCAGAUUAAUGAGCAGCCAAGGGUGAAAAGUCUCAAUGAGUUCCCAGAAAGUAAAAGAGUAUGUGAAGAGGGCCAAAUUCCAAAAUGUGAAGAUACAUGCUUAUCAACAAAUCAAAUGAGACCUAGUUUGGAUAAGGGUGCACUGUCUUCUAGUGCUGCUGUCUAUUCUCCUUCACAGGCUUCCCCUGUCAUGCCAACACAAUUAAGUGGUCCCUUCGAUUCUUCUAUUUCUGUGAAGAGUUCAGAGGCUACUUCCUCUAAAGAAGAAUGUUUGGGGACUUCAGCAUCUGUAAAAGCAUCUUCAGCUACUCAAUCUCGAAAUCUUCGGGCAAGACCUGGCAGUUCAACAUCUUCCACUUCAGAGGGCACGGCUGCUGCUUCGGUAUCAAGUGGUCCGGCAUUGUCACCAUGCUCAUCCAUGGGAUCAUUAUCCUCAGAGAAAUCCACCCUCAAUCCUAAUGCCAAGGAGUUUAGACUUAACCCAAAUGCCAAGAGUUUUACACCGUCUUUUACUCCCUUAAGGCCAGCUGGUCCUGUGGCUGAAGCCUCUUUUUAUAUGCCCACUACAAUGUCUGCUGUUCCUCAUAUGCACAGCCUCCCGAUGGGCCUUGGGAACAUACAUAUGCAGAUUGGACCCCCUUUUGGUGGACCCCAACCACUUAUUUAUAAUCCGCAGGCUGCACCAAUGCCUUCGCCCCAGGCAUUUAUGCAACCAAAUGGUUCUUUGUAUGGGCAGCAGGUGAUUCUUGGUCAGCCUCGGCAAGUUGUGUACAUGCCAACUUAUUCUCCUGAGUUGCAGUUCAAGGGCAGGGAGUUCUAAGUUUCUGGCGGUUGGUGCCGGCAUGUAUUGCCGUUGUAUAUAUCAUAAUUUACAGUACUGUGCUGGAGGAAAUGACCUCUAGAUUGGUAAUCUGAACUCAAUAAUAAACUUGUGUUUCAACGGCCACAUUUUUUGGGAUUUCAUCAGUUCAUUCCUAUUGUAAAUUAAUGUCUUGUCUUAAUCACAAUCUCAUAUUUGUGUUUUGGGUUGUGCUUGUUCAAUAAUCGGUCUAUUUGUUGUAACUGCUAACUCAUGAUGCAUGAUCGUAGUACUCUUUUGCUUCUGCUGCAACUUCAA